GAUUGAAUGCCUAUUCAACAUACGACCUUACCAAACUGAGAAGUGUAGUGCGAUUGUACCUCAAUAUAGGUAUCAUAGUCGUUAAUCUAGUCUAGUGCAAGACAUUACGCAAACGACACAUAAAUACUUAUAGCGAAACAUUUGGUGUCUAAAAAUUUUGAAGGAACACUGUUAGAUACAUAAAUUAUUGUACACAAUGACACUACAUUAUCAUUUAUACAUAAUGAGUGUUUUUAUCGACGAGGGGGUCGGCCGCCUAAAGAAUUUGUUUUUAUACCACUCAAUUGUGUAGAUAACGGUACACGCUAUCGUCAGUGGCGCGGCAUCGAGACGCCGACCGGUCGUGUUGCGCUGUGUACGUAAUUUAUAUAGUAAUAAUGCUCAAACUAGUCAGAGGGGCACGCCGACUGACCGCGCAAUGCCGCCAUCUCAACCAGGCGUCGGUCAUCGGCAGCGAGCCGAACAGAGCCGACCCAUACUACCAAGACAAUAAGGUCAAAAUGGACGAGCUAGUCAACGAGCUCCGGCACAAAACUGACUUAGCCGUCAAAGGAGGCCCAGAGGAUGCGGUCAAAAGGCACAUAUCGAGGGGGAAAUUACUCGUCAGAGACAGGAUUAACCGGUUGGUGGAUGAAGGCAGCGAUGUGUUAGAACUGAGCACACUCGCAGCUACAGAAAUGUACAAAGGACAAGUGCCUAGCGCCGGCAUCGUUACUGCGAUAGGCAAAGUUCACGGCCACGACUGCAUGAUUGUAGCGAAUGACGCAACAGUCAAAGGAGGUACCUAUUUUCCUGUCACAGUGAAGAAGCACUUGCGCGCGCAAGCCAUCGCACAGGAAUGCCGGCUUCCUUGCAUUUAUCUCGUCGACUCCGGUGGCGCUCACUUACCGGACCAAGCGGAUGUAUUUCCCGACAGGGAACACUUCGGACGGAUCUUUUAUAAUCAAGCCAAUAUGUCGGCGGAAGGAAUUCCGCAAGUAUCAGUUGUAAUGGGCUCCUGUACUGCAGGUGGCGCUUAUAUCCCUAGCAUGUCAGAUGAGAGCAUUAUCGUUAAGAAACAAGGAACCAUUUUCCUGGCCGGUCCGCCAUUAGUGAAGGCUGCUACUGGAGAAACGGUAUCAGCUGAAGAUUUAGGCGGUGCUGAUUUGCAUUGUCGUCGUUCAGGUGUCACCGAUCAUUAUGCUCAAGAUGAUGAGCACGCUUUGCAUCUAGCUAGAAAUGUGGUUGCUAAUUUAAACUGGAAUAGCGAUCAGAGAACCAGAAUAUACAGUAAGGCUGUAGACGAGCCAGUACAUGACAUCGAAGACCUACAUGGAAUCGUCGGAGCCAACAUUCAGAGACCAUUCGAUAUCCGCGAGGUCAUUGCUAGAGUGGUAGACGGUAGUCGAUUUCACGAGUUUAAAGAAUUGUAUGGUGACACUUUAGUGUGCGGUUUUGCAUCUCUGUAUGGACAUGCUGUCGGUAUUAUUGGAAACAAUGGAGUUCUACACUCAGAAUCAGCCUUAAAAGGGUCUCAUUUCAUUCAAUUGUGCGCAGCUAGGAAAAUACCAUUGAUAUUUUUACAAAACAUCACUGGAUUCAUGGUCGGUCCGGAGGCAGAAGCUGGUGGAAUCGCUAAAAAUGGUGCCAAAAUGGUGACAGCUGUAAGUUGCUUCAAAGGUCCUAAGAUCACCAUUUUAAUCGGCGGUAGUUUUGGUGCAGGCAACUAUGGUAUGUGUGGUCGCGCUUAUUCUCCGAGUUUUCUUUACAUGUGGCCUAAUGCCAGGAUAUCUGUGAUGGGUGGUCCUCAAGCUGCAACUGUUUUGUCUUUGGUGGCAAAGGAAAAGGCAUUAAGAGACGGUACGCAGUGGACCGAUGAAGACGAAAAGAGAAUAAGGGAGCCAUUGGAAGCCAAAUUUGAAAAGGAAGGUGUUCCUUACUACAGUACAGCGAGAUUAUGGGAUGACGGUGUUAUAGCUCCAAAGGACACUAGGAAAGUGUUAGGACUCAGUUUGUCAGCUGCAUUAAACGCUCCGUUUAGAGACAGUAAAUUCGGUGUAUUUAGAAUGUGAUGAACGAUCAACAAAGUUAGUUAUACCAAAAUGAUUUAAUUAAGAAGACUGGUAAAGUAAAAUAGUGUAAUAUUAAUAGUGUAAAUACUUAAUCUUAUCAGAAUGACUGAUGAUUGUUGUUGCUAGUCGUUGACUUGUACUUAACGACUAUUUUCGACCAAAUGAAAUACCUAGUGAUUGUUAAGUAUCGUCACGUGUUGUUUACUAUUUUUCGUUCACUGAGCAAUGAAGGUGGUACAAAGAUUUAUUUGAUAAUAACAAACUAGCGAUAACAUGUUGAUAAGGUGUUAUCUUUGUUUGUUGAUAGAUGAGACAGGGCCCAACCAACUUACGCCAGCAGCUAAGACCUAACCGGUCAACACAUUUUGGCGUAGAUACAGCCUUAACAUAGCAAUAAGAGCGUUUAUAUCACAGAACACAGAAAUAGGUUAGAAGGGCCUUGUAGUCGGGGCAGGCGCGCCACAGUUAUGUGUGAGCAAAUGCUCAUAACUUGACCAAAACUUGGUUCUGAUUGCGUCGUUGCUCUCGGAUGUGCGCGCUGAUUGCUUCUUCUGUUUCAUGUGGUGUCCUUUGAUUGGCUAUUAUCUAUCAGGCGGAAGUGUAGUGGGGGCGAGCCGGCGACAUCGGUUCCCGUUCAUACGGUCUAUAAACGCCUAUAUACUAAUAUGUUUCUGUGUUCUGUGGUUAAUAUUAUAAGUGUUUAACUGACAUGCUUAUGAACAACUUAUAUCUUCUGCAUAUGGAAUAAUAUCUGAUCAUACAGGUGAUCAACGAAGUCGUCAUUUGUACAAUAAUAAAAUGAUAAUAGAACUGAAAAUUGCCAUAAUAAUUAAUAUAAAAGAUUAGAAAAACAACGGUUUGCUUUUCAAUUAAAACAAUUCACAAUUAAGCGUACCUACCUACACCGCUUCAAAAGAGGGUAUGUAAUAAAUAAAUAAAAAAAACAGCUACAUUCUCAUGAAUUCAAACAAUGGUUUGCUUGCAACUCCGCUUUUAUUAUGCAAAACGCAUUCGUUGACCCCGGGGCGUCAAACAAGGUUCAAGUUCACCAAACGACAUACUUAUAUAUUCAUUAUCUGCGUCACGAGGUUAGCAUUAAAAUAACAUACUAACAUAUUAAACUGAGAUAAGACUGCAGCCGCUAUUGACGAGAAUGAGGACGGGGAUAAUGAUGCUAUGCUGUCUUCUCUUAUAUUGAUCACUGAUAUUAAUUAUGUCAGCCUUCUUUCUCAUAUGACGCAGUCUUCCGUUGUAAUCUUUUGCAUAACAUUGUGUGAUGAAGAAAGCGCUCAAGGAACUGACUGAGAAACGGACGGGCAGCGGAAGCUACAAAAUUACCUAGUCUAUUUUAAGUGACAGUUAUAGUUUAAUUCCUAUUUAUAUUGUGCUAAUGGAAAAUAAUAAUUAGUUGCCUAUUAAUGUGCCUUAUCUCAAUUUGUAUUAAUCUACAUUAGAAUAAAUUUACAAAACUUGAGUUGUUAACUUAAUGAACUAGAGGUUUGUAGUUUGUAGGUAUUAGUUAUAUUAUAAAUAUGUAAUAAUUAUUUUUAUUGCCAGUCACUAAAAAUCAAGAGACUGGUUUUUACGAUCGUUUCAAAUCGAAACUAUUAGCGGUCACUUUGAUUAGCAAUAAGUAAUUCUAUCACGCUAUAUUUUAUAUAUCUCUCCAUUUUAAUAUUAUGAUUUUGAUAGUAUUAAACAUUUAGAGUGAUUUCGGGCAACAUUUACAAAAAAAUAUAACAAGACUUUCUUCAAAAUAGGUGUGGAGAAGUUUUACAGGGUCGGAAACGCGCGUGUGAUAUCAGCAGUACUAUCACAUGAGUAGUAAAUAAAGACACGUAAAGGGACAAAGCUUCUAUAAUAGGACGGGCGAAAUUUUUAUUUAUUUUGGUAAGGUUGACACAGGAGGAUAAAUAUGCUGUCGACUCAUGUCAAAUUGCACUAUACAAAUGUUUAUUUCUUAUAAUUUUUAUUAUGAGGAACCUAAAUACAUCGAUUUCACUUCAUAAAAUUAGAAGAUGGCUGUAGUAAUUUUAUUUGAAAAAAUAGAUUUUUAGUCUAUGCUUUUUAAACACUAAAAACGCUGUCCACCAUUAUUGUGACGUCAACAUAUUAGCAAACAACUAAACGUCAUUGCGUGUUACUGUGGUUUCUUUCGUCGGAUUAAAAUAUAUCUAAAAACUCUUAUAUCUUGAAGAAAAGUUUAUUGGUUUUGUUGACUAUAUUAAUGCUGGGCGCCGGAUUUGUGAAAGCAGAAACGACAAAACUCUUUGACUUAGCAGGUACAUUUCAUAACCUUAAAAGUUUGAACCACAACAUUCUGGAGUCUUUAACGAUGUGUUUCUAUAUUCUCGUAUAAUACAAUCAUGAUAAUUACUAUAUGUAUCAUGAAAUCUAUUAGAAAUUAUGGUUUUGUAAUGUAAAUUCAGAUCCUACGUGCUUGCGAGUGUUUGUUUACUAUUUUUUUCCCGUCAUACCAUAGAUAAUCUAUAGACUAAAGUGGCCGGUCCAUGAAAAAUCUAUUUUAAAAUUAAAGUUUUGUAGCUUUCUAGGUAAAAAAAAAUACAAUACAUUUUUUACGGUCUAAUUGAACAAUUAUUAACCAUUUAAAACAUAUUUCCAAAAAGUGUCAACUAGCCUAUUAAAAUAAACAAAAUGUUUCAAAUAUAUUUUGAUUAUGUAAGUAGUUAUAGUUGUUUCUUAGGCUUUCACGCACAACACUCAUUAAAUACAACAAGUUUCAACGGUAUAGAUGCACUGAUUUAUUUAUUUAUUGACGUUUGGCAACCUGUUCAGGAUGCGUCGUCUGAAUAAUGAUUUUGUUUACUGUCUAUUACUAUACUGUCUACCUUCAAAAGACUGAAGUCUUUCGCCGGUAGCUCGAGAAAGUAAAUAAAAAUAAUUCUUUUGUAAUAGAUUUUUGCCUACUAUUUUAAGUCUAUUUUAUGUAUACAUACUAAAUAAUUAAGAGGUAAGAUUUGAUUGUUUGUUUGUAUUGAAUAGGCUCCGAAACUACAAGACCGAUUCGAAAAAUACUUUCACAUUUAGAAUCCUUCAUUAUCCGUGAUGAACAUUUCAAAAAAGUUAGGUUUCCAUAUGAAAACUUCGAUAAUGUAAUCCAAAUACCAAAAAAUAACCUUAUGUCGCGUACGCUGCGGAAGUUAUUGACAAAAGAGUAAGUUAAAAAGUUUUUAUAAACUAAAGUUUUAUAGAGAACAUCUAUAUCUACAAGAAAGUCCGCGAUUACAUAUGUCUUACUAUCACAGUUAUGUCACAACUAGAGGUAAUCAUUAUUUCCAACACUCACGCCAAUUAGCCUAGCCCCAAAGUAAGCACUGUAGGCUUGUGUUAUGGGAUACUAAGGUAACAGAUAGAAUACGUAUAAUAAUACGUAUAUAAGUGUAGGGACCUCUCGAGUUGGCGACAGCAUGAAACCCGAAAUACACACAACUCGGCCACGGAGGCCGUCAAACAGUCUCCUGUUAUGGCCUAUGAUGUUUUAAGUAUUAUGGCAUUGGUUGGGUCUCAAUAAUAAUAGCCAGUUAGUUUUACUAGGAAAGUAAGUGGCUGUAGCUUCCUAUAUUGUUCUAACUUAUCCAUUCUACCGCACACAAAGAUCGAAAUAGAUAAAGCAAGUCAUGGACUUAGAAUGCCAAAAGGGAGACCAAUGGUCAUUUUAACGCAAAUUUAUUUCUUCUCGUUGCCGUUCUCGAUACCGUUCGUCAUUCCUAAUGUAUUUUAAGAAGCUGUAAAAAUGAUAUCAUUGAAAUAGGUGACCGGGGCCCAUGCUUUUUCUCCACCUAUACUUUCGUGAGUAUUCAAAAUCCGACACGUUCGGUUUCCAUAUAGUUUGAAGUACAUGCGGCGCAUACUUCAAUCUAGCUCUGUGCAUUGUACUUACAUAGUUAUUUAGGUACAUAAUUAUUAAAUAUCCUGCAUAAACUACCAUAUUACCCCAACCACUAGGUACUCGGCCAAAUAAGUACCAAAUAAACGGUUCGAACAUGUGUUCCACGUAUAAAUGCUUUCCGCUUUCGUCCCGUGCCGCCACGGUGCGAUGGCCGCUUGAGCAGUUUUUCUAACAUUCUUCAUAAGAAAAUGCUCGGCCACUCCAAUAACAGAUUUAAUUGUCCAGCACGGCCUGAUUCUGAUAAAUAUUAUGUUUACUGAGUUAUAAUAUGGGCGAGGCACUUUUUGCAAGUAUCAUAAUUAUGGGGAUAAUUAUUUUUAUACACUACCUGCAUCUGUAUCAUAGUAAUAGAGUAGUAGUGAAGUAUUCUCAGUUUGAAGUAAACCACGGGAGCUAAAGUUGUAAUAAAGUUCCCGUUGGUAAUAAUGACAUUUGAAUUUGGAACGCCAAAAUGUUAACAAAUCUUUUAUCAAAAAUACCUAGUUUGAAAAAAAUAAACAAGUCUGUUCAAAGCGUAACUUCCAAGGAGUUUUCUUUUUACUUUAAAAUUCGACACAUCAAAUAUCUUUACUCAUAUAUACACAUAUUUACUCCGAUGCAAAAUAUUUAACAAAAUCUUGGCUGUAUAUAUGUUAGCUUAGCUAUUGACUUUCGUUUAACUACGGGACUAAAUAAUAAUAUUUAUUAGUUCGGUAAACAUUUGUACAUAAUAUUUUACAGAAGACUUAGUUAAAUAUCUCAAAGAAAAAUUGGUGAUUUCUAUCCGCGAUUUUUCGUUGGCUUUUAUUAAAAUUAAACUGAGAAAAAUGUCCAGUGAUAGCAACUGUGAUAUAAAAACGGAAACUCAAAACAUUAUUGACUGGAUUUUCUCCAAAAAUCCAGAGACUUAUAUAAAAGUUAACAAGUGUUUCUAACAUAAUAUUCAAUGUUAAAUUUAAUAACCUUUUUUUAUUUGAAUUUGUAAUUUCUUUUUUAAUUAACCUCAUAGUAGGUGUAUAAAGUAGAGUAAGCUCCUCGGGGAUAAAAGUUUUUUAGCCUUGGGCAGACUUGGAUCCUUCGCUUCAUUCAGGAUGCUUACCAUAAUUCUUCUCGUCACUCAUUACGUUCAAGAAUUAACUACUACAGAAUCCCUCAUUUCGCUCAGAAUGCAAUUUGCUGCCAGUGACAUGAAAUACUGCUUAAUCCCUAGAUUGAGCAAAUCUACUUACUUUUUUUCUGUACCGUUUCGUCACUGUUAAUGGAUUCACCGUCAUGUUUGUCUUUUUUUACAUUUUUAGUUCUUUAACUUUUAUCAAUGAAAUUAAAAACAUCAACCAACAUGAACAUGAAAACACAGAAAUUGAAAGACCGAAAAUUUAAAUGAUAAACAGAUCAAUCAGAGUGAUAAUAAUGUUGUAACUUGUACUUAAUAAGAUACAUAGAAAUCGUAGAAAAUAACAAAGAGAUGAUUGAUUUGAAUACGAAAGUUCUGCAUCAAGGUUUUCUUUGUAGUCAAGAUUGUUUUUACAUGUCACUCUAGUAAAAUGUUCUUUGUUUAGAUUUAAAGGUUAUGCCAGUAAACGUGAUCAUAAAGUUACAGUAUGACAUAAUAAACCAUAGCCCCUUUAUUAAUAAACGAGGAAUAAGCUAAGACUAGUUACGCCGUAUUUUGUUCAUACCACUCAAAUGCCAUUCGUCACUCAAUGAACAAAGAUGUAUUAUAGAAAGAUUCUCAGUGAUUGAUCUAGUCUUGAGCAUAGUUAGAAAUGGAUGUCUCUAUAUACAACACAUAGCGACAUCCCUUUCUAACUGUUCGCUAAAGCUCAACACUAAGUUGUCAUUCUGUAAUAAUGGCCCGUAUUAUAGAAAGAUUCUCAGGCUCGUUUUACAGAAUGACAACUAAGUGUUGAUCUUUACUUGAGUACAGUUAGAAAGGGAUGUCGCUGUGUGCUAUAUAUAGCGACAUCCCUUUCUAACUAUGCUCAAGGCGAGAUCAAUCACUGAGAAUCUUUCUACAAUACGGGGCUCAGUGAUUAAUCUAGUCUUGAGCAUAGUUAGAAAGGAAUGUCUCUAUAUAUAGCACAUAGCGACAUCCCUUUCUAACUGUUCUCAAGUAAAGAUCAACACUUAGUUGUCAUUCUGUAAUACGGGCCAAAACAUGAUGUCAUUUGUCAUUCAAUGAACAGAGACAAAACAUGAAGUAACGUAUCUAAGCGUAUUCUUCGUUUAUUAAAACGGGGUAUGAAUGUUGUGUUAUAGUCUCACAUACUGGACAGAAAGCUAAAGAAAAAAAAUGUCAUUCGGGACCACUAGCUUCGGUCCGGAAUGCCGCCUCAAAAUAAUUUAUUAAUUCCAUGUCCCUAUUAGGACCAGUGGUCCCGGUCCCAAAUGACUAAGUCUCUUACUUACUUUACCCCUAAUGUGGCGAAUAUAAAAAAAAACAACAAAAACUAAGCAUUUCAGAAGUGGUAAUCUUUCAAUAAUUAUUCCCAUUACUAAUGAAGAUUUAUUCAACGAUGUAAUGCGGUUUUGUUAACAAAUCAUUCGUUCAAUUCCACCAAUUAUGAUAACUAACUAAACGUCAUAAAACAUUUUUAUGGCAAUGAGAUUUCAUCUUGUUUAGUAUCCCCGUCUGUCUGUGUCCCUGACACGAGUAUCGCGUUGCAAAUUUAUUUGUAGAAUAGCGUAAGUCUAGUCAGUCUAGAUAACGAGUUGUAACUACGGAAUAUUAAUAUUGAUGUUUAUUUGUAAUGUUAGUGGUUACUUAGAAACUUUGCCACAGCUACAAGAAGUCAAGAAGUGCGGAAGGAUAGCAAUGUCGGGUGAGGCGGGUCGUUACGUUCCCUAAAAAAUGGUUGAGCGAAGCGAUGGCUGGUUCAUGCGUCAUGCUCGUGAACGGGUGCUGCCAGCGGAGAUGAGUCUGCUCUUGCUACAUUGGGUACUAUUAAUCGUAAUAUUUAACUUUAAUGGUACAUUUGUUUUUAUUCUUAAACAGUAGGCACGGCAUAAUUAAACUUUUUUUUUAAUCUGUUUUUUAUAUUUUUUAUUUUAUAGUCAUUAUUGUUUUAUCAUUUACAUUUGUAAUGGAAAGUGACUUCAUGAGUUAUCUCAUAUUGAAGUUAUUUUUCAAAUUGACGACUCUGUAUAUAAUACAGCCCUUGCUGAGUUUCUUGCCGGUUCUUCUCAGUACAAGGUCUCCCGCCGUAGAUUUACGAACCGAUGGCGUAGCUUUUCGACAUUCACAAGUGCUUGUAACAGCCUAGACUGAAUAAACGAUAUUGAAUUUUGAAUGAAUUAAAUCUUUGUAUAUACGAAAUAUUCGAUUAGGGUAUUAAUUUUGGAAUUUUGAAUUUUUUUAUGUGUGGCAAGCCACUCAAUAAAAAGUUAUGCUAUAAAAAACUAAAGACUUUGAUGUGCUAAACACAAUAAUGGUAGCCACAACAUUUCAAAGAUUUAAAAAUAUAAAAAAAACUGUUUUAAUUUUGGUACUCUUACCACUUGUAAUAAAAAAAACUUAAAUAUUUAUAUUUUGUAUACAUACAGUAAGUAUGUAUAUGAAAUAUGAAUAUUAUAUUUUGUAUACAUACAUACAGUAUAUACACGAAAUAUAAAUAUAGUUGCGUAAUACAGAACAAGGCAUCAUCGCUAUGUGGUUUACCUCACCAGACCGAUUUAUCGACAAAUACGGCGCGUAUUACAUCAUUAUUGUGCCAAAGAUAUUUCCUCCUGUUAUCGCUAUACUUAUUGAAUCGGACCGCUAUUCAGGUGUCACUCGAAAGAUGAAUGAGUUUCGCAAUGUAAGAAGGGCUUCCUCAAAAGGUCAUUUGCGACUGAUGGUCAUUGACCUUUUGAGUGCGUCGAAAUUUAAAAUAUUACUUAACCGUUAUAUUUGUAUUUUCGAACUUAUUCUUGUUUUGUAUUUCAAAUUUAUUGACUUUAGUAAUAAAAAUUCUUCUUUACAAUAAAAUUUCUAAAAUCUCAAACAAGUAUCGUGUUCUUUGGAAGGAUGGUUAAAUUUGAGUUUUCAAAUAUUGCAUUCAUAUCUGGUAGUUAUUUAGAAAAUAGAGAGCCAUAUUUAUGUUAUGUCCUACAACGGAGAUAACACAACACGAUCUUUUGAAAAAGUGACACAUAAUUUACUUAUAUAUAACUAGCGGCCCGCCCUCGCUUCGCUUCGGUGUGGAGCUGAAGUAUAGACUACAGUUUUUGUUCUCAGGCUUGUAUUAUACACAAUGACAUUCAUCUAAGAUUCUUCUUAUACCUGCAUGCAAAGUCUCAGCCCGAUCGGUUUAAAAUUGACCAAGUUUCAUACAAAUUUUCAUCCCCUAUUUUAUCCCCUUGGGGGUAGAAUUGAUCAAAAUCCUUUCUUAGCGUAAGCCUACGUCUUAACAUCUACCUACCUCCAUGCCAAAUUUCAGUCCGAUCCGUCCAGUGGUUUGGGCUGUGCGUUGAUAGAUCACUAUGUCAGUCAGUCACCUUUGAAUUUUAUAUAUAUAUAGAUGUCCGCAUAAUGAUAUAGGUGUGGAUAUAGUAAUAUUGUGAAAAAACUGGUUUUGGGAUUCCGGGACAAUCCCGAAUUUCCCGGCUAUCUGGCAGCCCUAGUUAUAGCGAUAAUGUGCUAUACGUCUAUUGCAUCUUCAUUAUCGCAGCAGUUGUUACAUCGUAGCUGUUCUAAAUAAUGCAUCCGAUAUUGGUGUCGAUUCUGGCACGAUACUCUAAAUCUAAACUUAAAUUUGACAACAGUGUAUCCUUGUCAUUCUCUAUACAGAAUGAAAAGGAGAGAAUGAUGUUAAAUUUAGUUUAAAGUUUAGAGAAUCACGCCGGAAUCGACACCAUUAUCGACCGAUAAUAACUUAAGAUGACACAACUUUGCAUUGCAUACAUUCCCGGGUUCGAAUCCCGGUAGGGGCCGAUAUUUAAUUUGUAUUUCUAUAUAAAUAUACUUCUAUAUGUAUUCUAUCCGUUGCCCUAGUAUCGUAUAACACAAGACUAUAGUGCUUACUUUGGGGCUAGGCUAAUUGGUGUGUUAGAAAAUAAAAUGAAAAUUACAUAUCGGUCUAAUAAACGACAAUAUUAGGUUUCUUGGUCAGAUUAUACUCUUGUAUAGUAAUUCUGAUCGAUCUCCACUGGUAAUAAAGUUAUUUCAAACUCACUAAAAAUACCCUAUUUAGUUAUACGAAAACUGUUCAAAUCCCAUCAUUUCAAAUUUCGAGUGGGUCCGUUGUAAGGUUAAGUCAAAGCAUUAAGCCAAAGAUCAUUUGUUUAAUUUUUUGUUUUUAAACCACAAACUCCGUUCAUAGGUCCAAAUUUGAUACACGCGUUACGUUACGUCGUCGUGUAGAUUACGUAUGACAUGACAUUGUGUAUUACAAACAACUGUUUUGAAUUGUGAUACCGAGUAACUUUCGCAACGUAUCGCAUCGCGUAGUUCUCAUCUCAUUGUUUUGUUUGUUACUCAAGUAAGACAAAGGAUUAGCAUACAAGUCCAAACGUAGUACAACCCAGAAAGGAGCAGGGGCCUAAUAAACAGUCAACAGAAAUGCUAUCUGAAUAUCUUUUAUAUAAAUGCUACACACAUUUAAUAACUUAUUUUACUAACUCAACUCCUAUGUUUUUUUAAGUUAUAUUCUUCCCUAUUGGGAAAGGCAAAGGCAAAGCCAUGCAGCCAUCGUCUUAUUUUUGUAUUAAUCUUCCUUUUUUUGCAUUAGAAUAUGGGUGUGACACAUUAUAAUAUUUCUUGGAGUGUUUGGCACGCAAUGUAUAUAGUCAACACUACAAUAAAGUUCUCACAUCCAUUUCACCGGAAUAGCGUAUAUUUUAAAGAUUCCACUAAUUCUUCAGUUGUGCAGAAGGUUGUAACACAAAAUCACACCAAUUUUAUUUCACAAUAUCCACUAUUAACGAAUUAAAGAAUAAUUAAAAUAAGACGCCAACCGCACACGAUGAAACCCGCCAAAAACGCCUCAAUUCCUAUGUGCUUAAUUGUUUUUUGAUCGAUUGAUGCGCGCAUACCAUUCCAACCCUGUUGCGUUCCAUUACACAAUCGCCAAUCACCCGCGCUCUUAAUUAACAACUUUCUCUCUGUGCCGUGCCGCGAGUCAACGAACGCGGUAGGCCGAGUGCGCAGCAUCAUCACUGUCACAGUAACGAUAUUAAGCAGUAUUACAACUUCAUAGAAACUCUCUCGUCUCAUCUUGGUCUCAGUAUACAGCUCGGUACACAGCAGUGGCGAAGAAACGGUGUGAUGGUUUAAAUACAAGUACUUUUUAUAACAUGGCAAAAUACAGAUUGUGCUGUUUUAUUUGUUCUGGCUCAGUCCCAGUCUUGCCGGGCCGCAAUCUUAUUCCGUAUAAAAUGUAUUCGGGUGAUUUUUAAUUAAAUCUAAAAAUAAUUUUAUUCAACUUCCCAUUUCAUGUACAACGAAUUUAUGUUUUCUUUUUUAAUAUAAAAAUUACAAUCACAAUACUAGACAAAAACUUAAGAAGGUAGGGUAGAUGAAAUUAAUUGAAUUACUGCAGACGGGUAGCCCUAUUGCGUGUUAUCGUACCGCGCGGCUGAAGGUACUCAUUUCAAAAACAGAGCCGAGUUACAAUACUGUAUGAUACUAUUACCGUGUCACCGCCUUUGGUCUCGCGAUAAAAAAAUAAUAAUUAAAAAGUUGAUUGCAGGCAAGGGAACUCGUUUGCAAGAGCCGCUAUUGUUGUGCUCAAAACUUAUUAAAAGGAGUUUGUAUACUUUGCAAUAUUAUUGAUAUAACGUUAUCUGAACUCAUUUAUCGAAAACAUUCUUCGUUUUUUAAAUAAAAAUUAAUCGGUUUGAAAAUGAAUUUGGGAAUUUCCACUUGAUGUUAAAGUGUAAGGAGUCCAGUCGCGUAGUGAGGUGAUGCGGCAGAAAGUGUGUCGCUUCGGCCACAACCUAUUCCCCUACCCCGCGGAGCCCUGGAACCCUACUCACCAGCAGAAACACCCCACGGCAACGGCUAACUAGAGCCGAGGUCCGAGUCUCAGAGAUGCCCUCUAUUUGAGCCGACACCUCAGGUUCGAGUGGUCUAGAGGCUUCAGUCGGACCCCCCCCCCGUGGGGAGAUGUCAUCCGCCUGGAAUACCUCUAGAGACACUCGCCAAUUCUCGGCUUGAGGUCCCCUUAGGAUCUCGCCGUCCCCAAACACGGUGACACUGUAAAGGUCAUCUGCCACCAACAGCAUAAUACACAUACAUACAAAAAAAGCAGAAACACAACACCAGCAAAAGAACCAAUUCCCGGAGCUGACAGUAAUGGAUGUUGGUUUAUAUAACAGCAUACUGUCUAGUCCUUUUUCCAAAAUAAGUAAGGUUUUGUAUAAAAUUGUAUCAAUCUGUGUAAGAAGACGCUGUGUCCUACCUCUCUUAAAUACAAUAAUAAUAAUUCCGCUUCAUUCAGAAUAUGACUAUACGAUGUCUUGUGCUUUUUUUUAUAGCUUACGUUUCGUUUGUAACUGUGAGGCGUACAAUUAAGUAUUAUCUCCGCAGAAACCUGUAAAGCUUAUAGCAAGUGUGUGUAAAGUGUAAACCUAUAAUUUGACGAUGAUAGCUGUUAAGAAACGUCUUUUAACAUUUUACUAUAGCGCUGACCGGUUUUAUAAUAGGCGUUCGGAUAUUUUAGCACCUGUGCAAACGCGCCUCGGUCGCUUUUGCGUAUUUACUUUGGAAUUUCCUCUACAUUGUCACACAUGUCGAAUUGUCGAACAAUGGAACCACGUGUGGGGCGCUCAUAUGAUUUUUUUAAAGGACCACAUUAGUAGUACCUAUUUUGUUUUUUAGAAGUUUCUGCCUAUGUUUAACCUGAUUUUAAUGGAUGUUAUGUAUGACGAUAACAUUUUUGCGAAGUCAGACAUCUUCAGUUGAUCUAAUAGACUUUUGAAUAUCCUGUGAACCCUUGGAAUUUGAAGCUCAUGAGAAAUUGGAAUAUUGUCACUCAAUAAAUACAAAUGACCGCCUCUUGAGUAUUGACUAGUGGCCCGCCCUUGCUUCGCUUCGGGGUAGAAUUGAUCAAAAUCCUUCCUUAGCGGAUGCCUAC